GCUACUUAUUUAUUUUUGUGUGAAUGAAUUUUAUUAUUUUGUCUAUUUUUGUAGUGAAAUAAUUAUGUUUGCUUUGUUUUUGUAAAUGCAUUACCAAUCAGAGAUUCAGAUAUGGCAUAUAGAAUACUAGCUUGGUUCAGUCUUAUAUCUGUUAUAACAAUAGCCUUAUUAGGGUUUGGUUUGUACUUAACUUUACUUACAUUUAUCAUUUCGUUUAUCGCUGGGAUCCUCACAAUUUUACAUUUGAACUUUGACACAAGAAAAAUAUUCACUUCUGAUAUUGAUUGUUUGGAUGAUCCCUUGCAGGAAACAAACUUUUCUUUUCAGUCUCCCAAGAUCCUUCAACUGUUUGAAAAUGAAGCACCACUGCCAAAGUUCGACAGUAGAAUAACGGGUAGCGAAACUGUUGAUUCAUUCCUCAAUGAGAUUAUAUCAAUAAUAAUAAAUGACUAUGUCACACCUUGGUAUGAAAUGUUAACUGAUGACCAAGAGUUCACAAAGCACACAAUAAAACGGAUAGUUGUAAUGACAAGUGCAAAUGUUACAAACCGAAUAAAAAUUGUUGACUGGAUCUAUCUGCUGUCUACAAAGUUUCCAGAAGAAUUAACAACACAUUUGAAACUAUUUAAACAGUCUCGAGUGAGAUUGAAGCAGCUGCAAUUAUUGAGUGCCAAAGAAGUUGCCAAUGGGUCAUCUAAGUAUAGUCCUAAGAAACAAGAUGAUAAGAGAGCACAUAGGAGGAAUAAGAGUGAUACCGAUUUAUCAUGGACACCAGAUUCACAAACAUCUGGAAAGACGAAAUUCUAUGGCAGUUCUGAAAAUAUAAGUAGCAAUAAUUUAAAAGAUAUAUUUUUUGACUUGGAAUGUGCAAUGGAGAAUAAGCAAAUAUGCAGAGAUAUAUUUUGUAUGGAUGCAGAAAAGGAAUAUGCAUUGUUAUGCGAAAUAUCAGAGGCUAUUUUGUAUUUAGUAGCACCAGAAGAAACCUGGAAAUGUCAUGCAUUAAAAUUGAUAAUUAUAGAGCUUCUGUCGGCGAUUGUUCUAAAGCCUAUUAUAAAUAUGUUAAGUGACCCAGAUAAUAUUAACAGAGCUAUUAUAAGAACUUGUUGCCGCGACUCAUGCCUGUCCUCUGAAUUAUUUCUAUUGGUGAUCAGGACUUGUGCUGAUGGAGAAGAAUUGGAUGCUACUCUGGAACUUGUGCAUAAGGAUAUACAGAAACUUCAUUCAAAAGACAGCGCCGGCGAAUGGGAGUUACAGGAUCGACAGAAAUUAUCCUCUCUACAAUAUCUAGUUAGAAUUAUACAGGCGAGGCGGGCUACACUUGGACCACAAGAAGGUUCAUCCAAUACAACCAGAGCAAAGGUAUCAGAUGAAGUAUUGAGAUCGUUAAAAUUUCUGCGAGCGACCGCGGCGUGGAGAUCUAACGCUCAGUAUUUACUUGAAAUUGAAAUGAAUGAAGCCGACGUGCCGCAGACCUCGAAAGCGGUGAUAGACAACCUGCGCUCGUCGGCGCUCGAGCUGUGCGACAUGUACCUCGCGCCGAACCGGCAGGUGCAGGUGAUGGGCGUGGCCGACACCUGCCACGCGGACCUGGUGCGCAAGAUCACCACCGAGGGCGAGGAGUUCGCCAACAACCCGCUCACGUGCUUCGACGACGUGCAGAAGUGCGUGUGCAACGCGCUUGAGGACGAUCCCACGUGGCAAGCUGAUUUUAUGUUAGAUCCCGAACAAGAGAGUUCCGAAAGAAAUAGUAGUGAGUUCAAAAAAGACCCAAAAGUCGAUGGCAAGAAAUAUGGAGAGAGAUGCAAGAGACUAAUGAAGACGUGUAUCAAUCAGUUGCCAAAACUGUUCCAAAAGUCCAAAUAUAAAUACGAAUCUCCCACAAAAUCCUUCACUUUCCCCCGCUCCUUUACUCGAAGGGUUCCCACUAACAAGAACCAUACUAUCCCUAAAUGUGCUAACGGUGAUGUGGUAUUGCCCGUACCUGGCACGAGGCAUAACAGAUCGCGGUCAGACAUUGUAGGCAAUUUUGCUCAGAAAAUGCUCAGCGAGAGCGUAGGAUCGUCAAAUCUGUCUGUAGCAAAUUCAAGCAAUUUGUCUCUUUCCCACACUGAGAUUAGUGGUAGAGCGAAAAACUAUCUGUCUCCCUUAUCGGCGUACAUCAUAGAAACAGCAUUAGUGCAAGAUAAGGGCAGAACGUUCGGAAUCUACGCAAUAGCUGUGACGAGAGCUUCCGAUAACGAAGUUUGGCAUAUCUAUAGGCGGUACAGUGAUUUCUAUGAACUGCAUUCGGCCAUUAAAGAUAAGUGGCCCGAAUUAGCAAGCCUGCCCUUUCCAGCCAAGAAGACGUUUCAGAACACGUCCCGUUCGGUAUUGGAGAAUCGCAAGCGCAUGCUCAAUAGCUACUUGCAGAGUUUAACCAGUAUCUCGCGGGAUGCCCGAUACAUGGCUUUGCUGUCCUCAGACUAUUUGGGCGGGUUCUUGAGCCCUGAAAUACAGACGGAGAGACAUGGGAACACCAUCGAUGCUCUCUUGGUAAAUUCCAUAAAGGCUGGUAUGAGGACACUUAAGAGCAUGCCAGAUCAGUUUGCUAAUACGGUCGAUGGAGUUAUGGACGGAAUAUCAAAAGUGUUUCAAGGCAAGAGCGGCGAGAAUUAUUAUGACGCUAUCAAGCGCGAUACGAAUUCUGAAGGACAAGACGAUGGAGAUGAGAGUGUACCAUUGAAAUUGUUGGAAGAAGUGUUGGGCAUCCGGGGGUUGUGGUUGAGGAGAAGGUUGCUGGCGCCCGUCAGGACUUUAAUAGCUGAUCGAGUUAAUAAGAAAGUACUUGAGUUAGUUUCGUCGUUGACGUCGCCACGAAAUGUUGUUCAAUACUUGAAAUCGUUUAAGCAAUGGCUGACAAGUCGUAAUAAUGGCCACACAUCUAGCAGAGAUUCGGCGACGAGAGCUCGUACGCGAGUCGCUGCUAAGGUUGCACUCCUAGCGGCUGCUUCUGAUGAUCUCAGACACAUUGUGGGCACGGACGCGGCGCGGCGGGGCCUUCUCACCGUUUUCGAUCUGUUUCAAACGCAAGAGAUCAAUAGGCGACUUAUAUUUGUCUUACUUGAAGUAUCGCUGUGCAACUUAUUCCCCGACAAUAAUAUCCCAGAAUUGUUUAAAAGGUUAUAUUCUAACUCACCGAGAGUGUCCAUACCGAAGAAAUCUUUAUAAUACCAAGUUGUUUUUGUUGCGCGAAGAAUGUCUGUAACUGAAUAAAAUAGACUUUACACUUUGGUAAUAUGAUCGCUUGUCUCGUUCACACUUAUGUUAAUGAACGUAAGAGUGAAAGAGAUAAAACAUGUUUGUUGUCUAUAUUCAAUCUAAUAAAACUGCCUAAAAAAUAAUGUUUGAUUUGAAUAAUUACUAUUCUCGACCAAAAGGUUAUCUUUUUUUUAAUUUUGUUUCGAAAAUAUAUUGAUUGAAUAUAGAAAGCAUUCAGUUAACCAUGAUUAAGUCAGUUGUUUUUUUUUUACAAUAUUUAUAGAAUAGAUAGUUAAAUAUACACUUAAUUAAUGAUUCAUUAGACUAAGUUGGACUCGAAUGUAGAGGUCCAUAUAGCAAUAAAUCUGUGACUUAUUUUUGUGAAUUUCUUUUGAAACAUUUCCAAUGUAAUUCCAAUUAGAUUCGCUAAUUAGUUAUUAUAUUGAUAACUUUAAAAUGCCGAACAAAAUUGUGUAGAAUUAUCAUUAUAUUUAGUGAUCAUGGAAUUGGUUGUAUUUCAUUAUUAUAUAGGAUUUCAUCUGUAUUCUAUAUAUUUGCAUGUUCGUUUCUUUAUAUAUUUACAUUUUUUUUAUUAAAUGCCUCGAUAAUUUCGUACGUAAAAUUAAUUUUGAUUUUUAAAAGGUUAUGGGAGAUCAUUGAGUGAUUUCUGAACGAUUUUAUUUAUUACAAUAUCGUUAUCAUUUAUGAUAUAUUAUCUCCUAGAGAGUGAGUUCUCACUUUAAAAUAAAUCAAGUAAUUCUGGGUUAUAAUAGUGUCAAAUGAAUGUUAAAAAAAUUUGUGAUAUCUGGUAUCUAAAUAUUUAAUGUAUUGCGUAUUGGUUGGUAACCAAUUUAAUUGUAUUUUUCUUAUAAAUUAAAGCUAUUAGAGAUUUUUAAAUAUGGUGUAUUUAUACAAAAUUUAUGGGCCCCGGUUCUUAUCGAUAUUCUUUGAUAUAUGCCUGAUUGAGAUUAUUAUAAAUUAUGAGCACAUUGCACAAUGAACUUUGAAUUAUAGAUGCUGUCAAAGUAUACUUAUAAGUACAAAAUGUAGUUUUUCUAACACAUAGAAUUGGAUUUUUGUGAAAUUUUAACAACAGAUCUCUUAUCAUGUGUUGGAAAUGUUAUUAAAAGGUUUGUUUUCUUCAGAUAUCAAAAGCGGGUUAUUUACAAUUAGAUAGACAAAUAAUGUAUAAAAAUGUAUAUGUAUAUUUAAUUUUGGGCAUAUAGUUAUUAUUGGAUAUGAAUUGGAUGUUUAUAUUGAAUGUCAUGGGACUGCGGCCUUAGUUUAAUGUAAAAUUGCUGCCACAAUUAAGAUAAUAUGGUAAUUUUUAUGAUUGUUCCAUUUGAAUCGAGAAUGUUCGAUCGUAGUGACGUCAUAUUUUGUACAUAAAAGGUGAUAUUGGCGUGGACGAAGUUAAAAAAAUGGCGCGUGAAUAAGUCAAAAGUAUAAGAGAUAUAUUUAAUAUUUUCCUAUACAUAGCAUAAUAUUAUGGCCUAAUUCGUGAGAAAAAAUAACGUUAUUUGUAAAUGUAGGAUUCGUUAAUACGUUUUGUAUAAACAGGUAUGCAUAGUUGACGCUAGUAAAUUAUUUUUAUAUGUUAGCAAAGCAUUUGACUCGAGAAAAGGUACAAAUAAAGAGUGAAAAUGUUUGCUUCGAUCAAAAUUCAUAGAUCGAACUUAUUUAUAAAUGACUUAUUUAUAGUUAAACGAUGUAAUGCUAGAUAUGAUAGAAGUCUGUUACAUUGAUUUUCAGAGAUAAAGGAGUUUUUUUAGUUUAUUUAUAGUUAGAAUCUUGCAACUAUUAUGUUUUUAAGUUGUGGCUAGUCCGCAUUAUAUAAAUCUAGAAUAAUUUAUAGUACCUUUUGUGUAUUUCUUGUUUUAUACUCUAAAUAUCAUAAAAAAACAGUUGAAAAUUAAGAUAUGUAAUCCACAUUCCAUUUAAAGAGUUGCGUUGUUAUUUAUUAUAAUAAAUAUAAGUUAUUAGUAUUUAUUUUCGAAU